UAGAACGCAGUCAAACAGAUUGUUUAGCGUCGACCGCCAAAGGAAAAAGGAAAAGAAGUCCCACCACACAUUUCCUGUGUAAAAAUGGACAAACAGCAGCCACGACAGCUCAGAAGCUUCAUAUGUUCAUUCCCUGACUGUCAAGCUAUUUACAACAAACAAUGGAAACUCGAAGCCCACAUGUGCAAACACACUGGAGUGAAACCAUUUGUGUGUGACCGCGAAGGCUGUGGAAGGUCCUUCUGCACCAAGUACCACUUGGCGCGCCACGAGCUCACCCACAGCGGGGAGAGACCCUUUCGGUGCACGUUGGACGGAUGCACAAAUGGGUUUACUACCAAUGCUAAUCUGCAGAAACACAUCAGUCGCAUUCACAACCAAGAACAGAAACAGUAUGUGUGUGUUUUUGAAGGCUGCGGGAAAAUUUUCAAAAAGAACAAGCAGUUGAAGUCUCACCAAUGUGAAGAGCACACCCUGCUGCCACUCUAUCAAUGCAGCUUUGAAGGCUGCCUGAAAAGAUUCUCUUUCCCCAACAAACUGAAACGUCAUGAGAAGGUUCACAGAGGUAAUCCCUGUGUGGAACAAGAGUGUUCUUUUAUAGGAAGAACCUGGACAGAAUACACAAAGCACAGAAGAGAAUCACACAGGGUUCUUCUGCCGUGUAACAAGUGCAACAAGGUGUUUCGGGAUACGUGGUUCCUGGAGCAGCACCAGCAGGUUCACUCUGAGGUGCGCCAGGUGCUGAAAUGUCCCAGAGAGGGUUGUGAAAGGUCCUUCACCACAACAUUCAACCUGCAGAACCACAUUGGCUCCUUCCAUGAGGAGCUGAGGCCCUUCACCUGUCCUCAUGCUGGCUGUGGAAAGACCUUUGCCAUGAAGCAAAGCUUACAUCGACAUGGUGUUGUCCACAAUCCUGAACUCAAGAAACAGAGGAAGCAUCGCCCGAAGAGAUCCCUUGUUUCCAGAUUAAGUGGAUACAAACCUGGGAAGAGAGAUUUCUUUCCACAGCAGCAAGCGACACAGUCCAUUGGAAGCCGUCAGCCGGAGCAAAUAAGCACCGGUGGAUCAGAGCCCACUGACCUGUCAUCUCUGCUGAAGGACACAAACUUGUGUAACCCUGUCCUGACUGUCUAAGCCCUAAGACUUUCCCUAUUGCAGUAUUACGUGAUUUGGUGAAUUAAACAUCCUCAUCGGGUGCUUUUUUUCCUUUUCUUUCUCUGUUCACACUUUCAAGCUUGUUUUGAAGUUAUCAAAUGCACCAUAUUUUCAAUAGAAAAUGCUUUAUUUCGGUCGCUGCCCUGGUUCAGUCUUGGGAGUCUUUUGGACUGUCAGGCGAUGGCAUUGUGGGCUUCAGAGGCUGUGACUCGGGGACGCCGGGCUGUGCCACAGUUGGUUUGUUCUUCUCCUCCAACAGCUCUUUAGCAGAAGGUGGACGAAGGAUACACAUGGCGGAUUUGCCAUCACGAAUGACUUUGGGCCUGGAGACGAACCCGACUGUUGCUUCUAUUUGUUGCACCAUGUGCUCCAGGGCUGUGUCCUGUGGUUAAAACACAAAAUGACGUUGUGUGUUACGAAUACAAAAAUGUAUUUCAUGUCGUUUUCCAGAGACAGCUUUGAAAAGUGCUUGGGCCAAGUUUGUUCACAUUUUGUGUUAUGCCGUUUUGUUAUAUACCUGUCAACAUAAAUAAUAUUUGUUUUUCUUCCACAAAGCUCUUACCAGUGGCUGUGUUUGCUGAACGCGUCCUGAUCUCAGAGUUAUUUUAACGUGGUUCUUCUUGUUCAGCCAGCUCCGCACGUGGUUCAGUUUGGUCAAGAGGUCAUGUGCAGCGA